CGAAGUAUUUUACAAUCAGUCUCUCUGACUGAAUAAAUUAAUAAUGAUUAUUAUAAUGACCACGAGGRUAGCUUAAAUCUCUCCUUAAUCCCACAAUACACGAGAAGAUCCCAUGCGCCCGCCAUAGUUCUACCAGAGACUUAACCACACGGCAACAAACACGCCAAAUAUAUACCAAUGCGGUCAUUGUGGUUUAAUUCUUGGAGCACGUUUAUAUAUUAUUAGAUCACAUAUAUCGAUGUCCUUGCCUUAGCAUUCUAUAUUUAAUUAUUUCAAACUAUAUUGCGAGACUUUAUUACUUUCGAAAAUUUCAGAUUUCAGUAGAGGGACUAUUAUCGGAAUCUAAGUGCCAAAAAAAAAUCAGCUAAAGCCGGGUGAAUAUUUUGAAACAUCAGGAAAAGGUAGAUUCAAAACCUGAGACAGUAUUUUUGCACGAAACGUGGAUAUAUCUAUCCACCAAGAGUAAUCCUAAUCCAAUCCAUAUAUUGUGGAUUGACUUGAAUAUCCAGCAGUGGUCAGGAUCRCAUUAUCGUUAGAUUAGAAAUAACAGGCAACAAAAAUCAAAUCCAUAACGAGCUGUCACCAAGUGCCAUGACGAUAUGAUYAUGACCAUUGCGUAUAUAAUGCGAUGCUUAACAAACUUAACUGGAAUCAAACACUUGUGCGAUACCAGCGAUACAUGGAAACAAGAGCCAAAUGUUGUCCGUGGUGUUGUYAAUAAUCUUCCUUCUUGGAUGUCAGGGGGGCCCAGCACUGAGAUGGGAUGAAGGCUGUACCUAUACAAUAGGAAGUGAUGGUAAUUCAUGUACACGAAGUUGUCCACCACCUGAGGGAGAUGCUUCAAGUGGGACAGCUGUUCUUUACAACUGUGACAAUCCCAAGCACACGUGUCAAAGAAUGAUGGAUGGAGAAUGUGGCUUUCAAGUUUGUUGACAAGUUUUAGUUCAAACAAKUAGGCGGACUGUCGCAGAUAACAGCAAGCCUUCAGAGGAUAAAUCAUUUAUAGWAACGAGAGUCUUGAAUAAACUAAUUAUCUCUA